AUGUCGUCGUCGCAGAGAUCAGCAGCGGACCUGGAUACCUCCCGAACAAAGCCCCACCGGCCGUUCCAGGAGGAUCAUGCUGCUGUCCAGCGACUCGAAGAGGCCAUCUCGCAUCCGGGAUCCGUGAAGAUUAACGUGAAGGGCGCCUUCAUCGUCGACGAACAGCCAACGGAGCAGAGCCGUGUUGUUUUCGACUGCCGGGACGGAAUUCACUACGAGCACAAGGAUAUCCGGCUACCCCAUCACACCGAUGUCGUCAGUCACGUUGCUGUCGAUAUCGGAGGGUCGCUAGCGAAACUCGUCUACUUCUCCCCGGAGCUUGGCUCUUCGGCCGACGGCGGCAGGCUGAACUUCCUGAACUUCGAGACCGAGCGCAUCGACCUGUGUAUCGAUUUCUUAAAACAAUUAAAAGAGAACCACAGGAAGCUCAAUGGCUCGGCUCCAGGUCCCCUCUGCAUCAUGGCCACCGGAGGAGGUGCGUACAAAUACUACGAUCGGCUAAAGGAGGAACUGGGAGUGGACAUUAUCAGAGAAGAUGAGAUGGAGUGUUUAAUAAUUGGGCUGGAUUUUUUUAUCACAGAAAUUCCGAACGAGGUCUUCACCUACAGCGAGACAUCACCCAUGGAGUUCGCUGAGGCACGACCGGACGUCUAUCCUUACCUCUUGGUGAAUAUUGGAUCCGGAGUAUCGAUGGUCAAAGUCUCCGCUCCCAGAAGGUUUGAACGUGUCGGGGGCACAUCGCUCGGUGGGGGCACUUUCUGGGGGCUGAUGUCCCUACUGACUGGUGCCCGAACAUUCGACGAAAUGUUAGCAAUGGCGGAACUGGGAGAUAAUAGCGGAGUCGACAUGCUGGUUGGCGACAUCUACGGGACCGACUAUACAAAGAUUGGGCUCAAGUCGUCAACCAUCGCCAGCACCUUUGGCAAGGUUUUUAAGAUGCAGCGCCUUGCAGAACGCAGUGCCCAGGGUAGCGAAUGCCUUUGCGAAAGUGAUUCGGAGUCCGAACGGGAUGUCUCGCAAUUCCGCCGUGAGGAUAUUAGCCGAAGUUUGCUUUUUGCUAUCAGUAAUAACAUUGGCCAAAUUGCCUACUUACAAUCAGAAAAACAUCAGAUCAAACACAUCUACUUUGGUGGCUCCUUCAUACGGGGUCACCGCCAGACCAUGAACACCCUAUCAUAUGCUAUCCGAUUCUGGUCCAAGGGAGAAAAACAAGCUUAUUUCCUUCGCCACGAAGGCUAUCUUGGUGCUGUUGGAGCAUUCUUGAAGCGGCAACCCCAAGAUUGGGGUCGCCGUCGGAGUAUUGAAAACACGGCGGCCACCCGAUUCGCCGCCUAUCGGGAGGAAUUGCGAAGUGCCACAAAGAACGGGACAGAGCUGCCACCCACGUAA